AGGAAAACCAUAUAUGGUCGUGGAAGUAGGUGUGGCGAGCACACUGGAGAGGAUCACAAGGAUGAGCCGAAAGAAUGUGUUGUUCGAUUGAGAGAGCGUUCUACAGCGGGAGAAACAAGGCCGCAUAGGACAGCGGAUGUGUUGUGUACAUGUAGGCUAUUUGUGCAAUAGUAACGCAAUAAUGUGCAACACUUAUUGUGCGACAUUUGUCCAUAUUCCUGCAGAUCGUUGCUCCAUUUUGGACCGGAUAGCACGUUUGUUUUAAUGACAUCGAUCUACCUCAUUCUUUGAUUUGAAAAAUAAUAGUGAGGUCAGCAUAGAAUGACUCAACGCUAGAGAUGCAUGCAGUCAUAUCUCCGUUCGAUUGCACACUGUGGGGCGCGUGGACCCGGGGACAGUUGCUGCACUGGUGGUCACCGCAGAAACAUGGCAAGCACAGGUGUCUCCCAUGAAUGAACGAGGCCAGUGGACAUCCAGACAUCUCUAUCAGCACCGGCAACCUCUCAAUACAGCAGGAAGAGGAGUUCGAGGGGAGAAGGAGAAGAUUGGGUUUUGUCUACGUCCAAUCCAACUCCUUGGUUUUUGGUUGCAUAUGUGGUUUGGUGAUUUCCGUUAAAAUAUGCAACCCCCUCUCCUAGGGUGUGUGCUGUGAACUUUCUAUUCCCUGUAUCUUCAGAUAAGGCCAGUGGAAGAGGGCCACAUUGGGACAUACGUUGAUUGGUGGUCUGUGUGGUUGAGGGACUGUUAUGCACCUAGUACCCCAUAGUCCCCCCACCUCGCCCCGUUAUUCAUGCCAGCCAUGAGUUUACCCAACAGUAAGAGAACAGGCAAGCGCAUCUCUUUUUUUAACGACCAAGGAGUGGCGAUGAAGGAGACGUCUUCUCAGCAGAAUCCAGAAGGUUCUUGCUACGGCCUUGGUGCCCCAGCCUCAGAUCCUGGUCCUGGCCAGAGUAAGGCUGCAGGCACCGUCACCUCCACAACCUCCAACCCAGAGGCUCCACAUACUGGUAUGUACCUCAACUCAGUGAUCUUCAGUCCAGAGAAAGGAGACCAGAGUCGGGGACAUUACCAACAGACUGUGCCCAUGAAGUGGGCACACCAGGACCCAGAAGCUCAACCACAGCCUCAACAGAGAACUGGGACUGAGACUGGGACCUGGACACAGGGUGUCACUAUGGCUAACUGGGGUCAGAACUUUGCUCCGUACCUAGGGGGCGUCAACGUCAGUGACUCACGGUCCCAGACCCAGACUGCCUUUUCCAAGCAGCAGAUCCGUGAGGGGCCUCCACCCCUGCAGCCACAGCAGCCACAGUCUCCUAGUAGGGCUGCAGAGAAGCAGCCUCCCCAGCCGCAGCAGGUGGUUAACCCCCUGCCUGCUGGAGGAGAGGCCUACAGAGACGUUAGAGACGUGGCCAAGCCUCCCAGCCUAGAGUGGGAGCAGCAGCAUCAGGCUUCCCAACAGCAACAGCAGUCCCAGACUCAGGCAUUCCCACAGACCCUUAAGCCUGGGGCUCUAAAUGCCCAGCAGCACAGCACAUCCAACCCUGGGAGCAGCUCCGUGCUUCAGCCCUUCCAGCUAGCCUUCGGCCAGCCUAAGCAACACCUAACGGCUGGCUACUACCAGGUGUUUCAGGGGGGCAAUAGGACUUUACCUAAUCUGAACUACAAUACCCAACAGCCCAAACCCCAACCACAACCACAGACCCAACAGCAUCCACAGCUCCAGCAGAAGCUGCAACAGACCCAACAGCAUCCACAGCUCCAGCAGAAGCUGCAACAGACCCAACAGCAUCCACAGCUCCAGCAGCAGCUGCAACAGACCCAACAGCAUCCACAGCUCCAGCAGCAGCUGCAACAGCAUCCACAGCUCCAGCAGCAGCUGCAACAGCAUCCACAGCUCCAGCAGCAGCUGCAACAGACCCAACAGCAUCCACAGCUCCAGCAGCAGCUGCAACAGACCCAACAGCAUCCACAGCUCCACCAGCAGCUACAACAGACCCAACAGCAUCCACAGCUCCAGCAGCAGCUGCAACAACGACAACAGCAACAGAAACAAAUAUUACAGCAUCAACAACAAAUGCAACAACAACAUCAUAAGAUGCAACAGCAGCAAAUGCUUCAGCAUCAACAGCAAUUACAACAACAGCAACAACAACUACACAUACAACAAGAGCAACAGUUAGAACAGCAACAACAAAUUCAACAGCAAAUACAGCAACAAUUACAGCAGCAGCAACAACAAAUACAACAACAGCAAUUGCAGCAGCAACAACCCCAACAUGUUCUAGAAUACUACCCCAGCAGCCAGAACCCACCUACCCACCAACACCCUCACUCCCAGCCGCCCGUGUUAGUGCCCUCCCAAGAGCCCUGUGCUCAGGCAGCAUCCUCCCCAGACCUCCAGGAGAUGUCCCCAGACCCUCCAAACAUCCCCCCAAACAGACUCCCAGCUCCCCCCCACGGAGACCCAGCUCCAACCUCCCCAUAUCCAGCUGCAGCCUCGAAGGUCCAGGAGACUCUCCAAGGAAGGUGGACCACCACCAGUUGA